GAAGUUCAUCUGGUGUCAACACCGCGCAAAUAUGCCUUCCGAUAACGACGCACGAGACCGCUCAGCGUCGCCCGCACGAAUAUCAAAGCCAAAGAAAAAGACAGGCGGCUUUAAGUGGAAGGAAAAGAAGACUCGCGACGAAGAUGCUGCACCUCGCGACAGUGGACGCCUAGAGCGCGGAUACAGAGACCGAUCCCCGCGGCGCGACAACUACAGAGAUGAUCGAAGGGAUGGAGACCGCAAUGGCGAUAAUUCUCGACGCAGGGAUGACUCUCGCGACCGAAGAGACGAUCGCGUCCGAGACCGCUCGCCCAGAAGACGAGAUGGCGGCGAUAAUUACAGACCUGGACAGGACCGCGACGAAGAUCGCAGGAAAGAGGGAGGAGAUGCGCCUCGGAGCAAGUCUGACAACAAGGACAAAUCAGAGAAGAAGGAAAAGAAAGAGAAGAAACCCAAGGCUGCGCCUGUUUCCAACGAGCCUAUGAUUAUCGUCACGGUCAAUGACAGGUUAGGAACCAAGGCGCAGAUCCCAUGCCUUGCGAGCGAUAGCGUGAAAGCUUUCAAGGCUAUGGUUGCGGCGCAUAUUGGAAGACAGCCGCAUGAGAUUAUGUUGAAGAGGCAGGGAGAGAGGCCUUUUAAGGAUGUUUUGACACUGGAGGAUUAUGGUGUGAGUAAUGGGGUGCAGUUGGAUUUGGAGCUUGAUACUGGUGAUUGAGGAGGUGCUACGGGAAUUGUCAUGCACCUUCGGGCGGCUUUCUGGCAGGCAUUGGAGAGGCCGACUCGACACGCGUGGGUUGCAGGCGGUACUGCGGGUAUGGUGAUAUGGGAUGUUACCACGCCUACUCUUUCCAGCAUCCAGAGUUAAAACAAUUGUAAAGAUGGACUAAACCAGAGGCCGACUGAAGAACACUCUCGCGACAUCACUGUGAAAGCACCAGGCUCGAAGACAUGGACGUUACAUCCGAGGGCGAAGGGCGUCUAGAGAUGGAGACGGACCCCAAAGACCUGCGACAUUCGGCUCUGGCUUCAAAGAGGUGCGCGUGUCACUCGCGCGUACCGCGUUGCAGCAGCCUAUUCUGAUUUGCCAUAUCCGGCCUUCAGGACAUUUGGCGUUAUCAAACCUACGAGAACGGACACCGUCAUGAUUGUACAACAUCCCAUUUCCUUUCACCCCAUGAUGUAAUUCAGUGAUGGGAACGACCCAAAGUUCGAGAGAUGAUUGUAGUUCAAAAUUAGAGCUGACGUGUACGCAGAAAGUAGACUGCCCCG